AUGGCGCAAAACGUGGUGCUUGUGACGACGAUGGGAGAAAUCACAGUAGAGCUCUACACCGAGCAUGCCCCCAAAACGUGUCACAACUUCUCUACACUGGCGAGCAGAGGCUACUACAACGGCACACCCUUCCACCGCAUAAUCCCUUCGUUCAUGAUUCAAGGCGGCGACCCUACAGGCACCGGCCGCGGUGGAGCUUCCAUCUACGGCGACAAGUUCGACGACGAGAUACACCCUUCCCUUCGUCACACUGGCGCUGGAAUCUUGAGCAUGGCAAACGCAGGACCGAAUACGAAUGGCAGUCAAUUCUUCAUCACGCUAGCACCGACACCAUGGCUGGAUGGGAAACAUGCUAUCUUUGGCAGAGUCAAGAGUGGGAUGAAGGUUGUGCAGAGGAUGGGCUUGGUCAAGGUUGAUAAAGAGGAUAGGCCUGUCGAGUCUGUGAGGAUCUUGAGUACAAGGGUCGAGGACGCUGGUGCAUGA